GUGGUUGACCACAGGAUAUAACAUAUCUGCGGAAGUAUGUCGUGGCCUGAUGUAGUUUUGAUUGUCAUUGUGGCAUCAUUGCUUACACUGCCUGUACAGGGAGAUGAACUUACCGCAACUCAAGUACGUCGAUUGAGAGCAUUAUGUGGCAAAGGUGGUUUUGCGAGUGAUAUAUACGGCGAUUGUUGUCACUUCUGGCAUUGUGACGAAGCUGGUCAAGUCUAUAAACAAGCUUGUCUUGGAGGUACAGUCUGGCACCCUGAGCUGUACGCAUGCGUGCACUCGCGAGAUUACAAGUCGUGCAAUCAGACAGAAUGUACUUUGGAUCUAGUUCUAGGAAAGUCAUGUCCAGACAAGACCCUCUUGAGUAGUUUAGGCAAAUGCUGUAUAAACGGAGAAAUAUAUACUGCACUCAAUUCUACCACAUACAGAUUUGACGCUUAUGAUGGGAAUAACUCUUGUCCCACAGGCCAGGUAUUCAGCUUGAACGACUGCGGUUGUAUAGGAGAUAUACACGACGAGAACUGCUCAGGAUGUUACUACUGGCCAUUUGCACUAGGUUUAAUGGACUUCUUUUGUGACAAUCAAGCGGUUACCAAUGAAGGGGUGUAUAUCACAAAUGGAGAUGGUGCACGAGGCGCAAAUGAUAACAGUCUCACUUUAGGAUAUGCCUCGAGUCACAUCAGUCUACCGAGAUUCACCAACGGCUACUUUGGUAAUAUGUUCUCUAUUUCUUUGUGGUUCAAAGACGAAGGAGGAAAUGGUGGGAGUUUAAUAUCCAACGGUGGUUUUGGCGAAGCCGCUACAAUACGACUUGAACUCCUGGAUCCUAUACGCAUCACUGGUGGUUUCUCGGCAGUUGAUGGAAGCUAUGAUUUCCUAAAUUAUUUAGAAACGGAUAGCACAUCUGGAUGGCAUGUUGUAUCGCUCUCCUACAAUAAAGGUUUGAUAACGUUAUGUCUGGACGGUGAUAUAUACCAUUACGAAGAACAAGCCCCACUGGAUGCAUUCUCUUCUUUAUUACUGGCCGAAGUUCAAUUUCCAAAUUUCAAAGACACUGUAUUGAACAUAAUUCAACGUGCAGACAAUACGCUUACUGAUGUACAGGCAGACGUAGAUACAACGCCCUAUUUAGCAAUUUUCAAUGCAAUGUUCUCGGCAUUAGAAACCUUAAGUGACGCUAUCAUGGACUUUGCAAGUGUCCAAGACUUAGCUUUGGGCGUUCAGGGGCGUUUGGAAAGUGAUGUUGAACUUGACCUAAUGGAACUACAGGAGUUGAAGACACUUUGUGGGAACUUUCUAAACACUUUAAUGACAUCCAGAAAUGAAAUCAGGGUCAUUUUGUCAUCCCUUGAGGAAGAUGUCAUAGAUGAUAUUAUGAAUAUACUGCUCAACGGAAAUCAUCCCAAUAUGACACAGCUGGCAAAACUUCUGCAUUGGGCUGAGGUAUUAACAAGACAAGAGUUACCAAGCAUUGCAUAUGACGACAUGAUGGCCGUAGCGGAGAACUACAAGGGUUUGGUUGAUGUAUUUGAGGAUUUUGAUGAAUUACGAGAAGCCGGCCAAGUACAGUCUUUUCCGGAUUGGUCUGAUAUCCUCGAAGCUGUAAUAGACCAUCAUUCAUAUCCAUGGAAUAUACAGAAUACCAAGGUGCCACUAUCAAUAGGUCUUGGAUUCGUCGGUAUGGUAGAUGAGCUCGUGGUAUGUGACUUUGCUUGGACUGAUGCCGAAAUUGAAUCCUACAAAGAUAUUGGUAGUAUUCCAGACCCACCCGGUGGAAGAUGACAACCAUUAUAGGCUACAAUCGAUGAAAUCAUUUUAUUCAAUCAAAUAUGCCGAUAUACUUGAAUAUCACUUGUACAUGUAUUGUCAACG